UUAGUCUUUACUGGGUUUUGGUGAUUGUUGGAAUAUCAAUUCAAGAAUCUGAAAAAAAGGAGAAAAAAAUAUUUUUUUAUUGGAUUCUUGAUACAUUUUUAUACUCAAAAAAACCAUGACAGAGGUUCUCCACCAUUCUUCUUCUCCUUCUUCUUCUUCUCCUUCAAUAUCUACACCUACUACCCAUAAUGGCACAUUGUAUGUAGAAGAAAUUGUGGGUUCUGAGGUUGCUGUUUGUGAUUCUGAGGAAGAAAUAGGGGGAGAAGAAGAAGAAGAAGAGGGGGUAGGGGAAAAGGGGAGGAGAAAUCAAGAAAGGGAUCAUUUGUCUUUAUUGGCUCUUUUGGUUACAUUGUUUAGGAAGAGUUUUUGGUUAGCUUGUAAAACAAAUAGAGGAGGAGGAGGUGGUGGUAGUGGUAUGGAGAUUGGGUGGCCUACUAAUGUGAGACAUGUUGCACAUGUUACUUUUGACAGGUUUAAUGGAUUCUUGGGUCUACCUGUUGAAUUUGAACCUGAAGUUUCUAGAAGGGCCCCAAGUGCUAGUACCACUGUAUUUGGAGUAUCAACGGAAUCCAUGCAGUUGUCAUUCGACUCCCGUGGGAAUAGUGUUCCAACUAUUCUACUUCUAAUGCAAAGGCGUUUGUAUACUCAAGGGGGUCUACGGGCAGAAGGGAUUUUCAGAAUAAAUGCUGAAAAUAGCGAGGAGGAGCUUGUUAGGGAGCAAUUAAACCGGGGUAUAGUUCCGGAUGGCAUUGAUGUUCAUUGUCUGGCAGGCCUCAUUAAGGCUUGGUUCAGGGAACUCCCAAGUGGGGUAUUGGAUUCUCUUUCUCCUGAGCAGGUCAUGCAAUGCCAGUCAGAAGAGGACUGUAGUACUCUCGUGAGACUUCUCCCACCAACGGAAGCUGCUCUGCUGGACUGGGCUAUCAAUCUCAUGGCUGAUGUUGUCCUGGAGGAACACCUGAACAAGAUGAAUUCCCGUAAUAUCGCAAUGGUGUUUGCGCCUAAUAUGACACAGAUGGCAGAUCCAUUGACUGCACUAAUGUAUGCCGUCCAAGUAAUGAAUUUCUUGAGGACACUCAUCGAGAAGACCUUAAAAGAUAGAGAAGAUUCCCUUGUCGAACCAGAUUCUGUCUCUAACCUAGACCGUCCUGAUGAGUAUGGUCAUCAAAGUCCUCCACAAUUCUCUCUGGAGAACUCGAAAGAAUCACAUGAACUGACUGAACAGGUGUACACUGUAGAAGAACCCGAUUCAGCCAGUGUUUCUGAAUCUAAUCGAGUAGAUAACAUCACUGAUGAUGAAUAUCUUAGUUAUACAACUUCUUCAGAGGAAUCCGAUGACACUGCUUCUUGUGAAACUCCUAUUCAUGUUAAUACCAAGGCAAGAAAAGCCCGUGUGACAAAAAGUUCAAAUCUUGAAGAGGACACUCAAAAGAUGGGCCAAUCGAGCGAUUCUAAUCAGACAAAGGAUGUUCUGAAAAUUGAUUUAGAGCCAACCGCAGUUCAGUCUCUGGGAAAUGAUAGUAAAUCAAAAGGAAUGAGCAACUUGUGCCGUAUAAAUUCAAUCACAGGGAGGACAGAAGCCUGGCGGUGAAGAGGACUGAGCUGUGAACAGCUUUCUGCGCUGACUUAAGACGGGUAACAGCUUCUGUGUGGCUGUGAAAUUGUGAAUGCUAAUAGUUCAUGUAUGUUGAUCUAGUUUACUGUGGAGUUGGUUUGUUUAACUGGUGACGGUUUGAUGUGUACAUUAUACUAUCUGCUUUCUAAACACUAGAAAGUGAACACGAUUUGACCUGCAA